AUGGAUGCAUGGGCAGCUUGCUGUGCUGAAGGACCUGAAAAGGAGAAAGCCGUAGAGAUUGUGCUGGAGACACUAAACAAUUUCGAGAAGCAAAUUGAAGCAAGGUUGAAUGAACCUUUUGGGCUAAACUCUGUCAGAAAACCCCGUUUGUGGAGUGUGAAGGAGUCACAGGGUUUGUCAAUGAGACGGGGUGAGGAAGAGAUGGCAAGUGAAGAGCAGAAAGAUCUUGAAUGCUCAGAGGUUCAGAUCCAUGAAGAAAUUGGCGUUGAAUUCAGAGACGAAACCAUGAAAGCAAAGAUUGUUGCAGAAGUGAAGAAGCAGUUAUGGUUAGCAGGCCCUUUGAUGCUAAUUUAUUUCUCAAUGUACUGCUUACAGAUGAUAUCUCUGAUGUUUGUGGGUCAUCUUGGAGAACUAGCUCUCGCCGGAGCUUCCAUGGCCACUUCUUUCACAUCAUUCACUGGUUUCUGCUUGUUGACUGGACUAGGAACUGCACUGGAUACCUUCUGUGGUCAGGCCUAUGGAGCCAAACAAUAUCAUAUGCUUGGCAUACAUACGCAGAAAGCCAUGCUUGUUCUAUUACUUGUCAGCAUUCCUCUUGCUCUCAUCUCAGCAAAUGCAGGCUCCAUUCUCCGAGCUAUAAGGCAAGACCCAGAAAUAUCAGCAGAAGCAGGACACUAUUCACGUUACAUGAUCCCUAGUAUUUUCGCCUACGCCCUCAUUCAAUGUUUUGUGAGAUUCCUACAAACACAGAAUAUUGUAUUUCCGAUGAUGAUAAGCACUGGAGUUACAACAUUACUGCACAUUCUUGUUUGUUGGGCUAUGGUAUUCAAAUCUGGCCUUGGUAGCAGAGGUGCUGCUCUUGCAAAUUGCAUCUCUUAUUGGAUCAAUGUAGUUCUGUUGGCAAUUUAUGUCAAGUUCUCUUCUUCCUGCAAAGAGACUUGGACUGGUUUUUCAAAGCGGGCAUUGCAAAAUGUGUUUGGCUUUUUAAGGCUUGCAAUUCCCUCAGCUAUCAUGCUCUGUUUGGAAAUAUGGACAUUUGAGAUGGUGGUUCUCCUAUCUGGCCUUCUUCCUAAUCCAAAGUUAGAAACAUCAGCGAUGACAAUCAGCUUUAACACCAGUACAUUGGUCUUUAUGAUUCCACUGGGACUCAGUGGUGUUAUCAGCAUACGAGUCUCAAAUGAACUGGGUGCCCAGAAUCCACAAGCUGCUAAGUUGGCUGUACGUGUUGCUGUGUCCAUGGUCCUUUCUGAGGGCAUACUAGCGGGUUUGAUUUUGGUCUCAAUUCGUAGAGUAUGGGGCUACUGUUAUAGCAAUAGUGAAGAAGUUGUGAGAUAUGUUUCAGUUAUGCUGCUGCUAGUAGCAAUAUCCCAUUUAUUUGAUGGAAUGCAAUCUGUUCUUUCAGGCACAGCUAGAGGGUGUGGUUGGCAAAAAAUUGGCGCUUUUGUCAAUCUUGGAGCAUAUUAUCUUGUGGGCAUUCCUUCUGCUGUUAUAUUAGCUUUUGUCUUCCAUCUUGGAGGAAAGGGACUCUGGAUGGGAAUCAUAUUUGCUGUCUUUUUACAAAUGCUCUUUCUUGGAAUCAUAACACUAAGGACUGACUGGGAGCAACAAGCAAAAAAGGCAAAAGAAAGAGUCGACAAAUCCACCAUCCCAGUAAACAUAUGACAUCAUGAAACUUUUUUUGUUAUUUUUUUUUUUACAAUAAAUUAUGGUAAGUGAGUUAAAUUCCAUAGAAAAGAUUUGG